GACUUACUGUGACUUACUUACUAGUUCACUUGGACACACAGCAACUGAAGAUUCCUAUCGUUUCGUUCACUGUCUUCCCUCUCUAUAUCUACUCUUCUUAACAACCCAAUCUACUUCAAAUUAACACAGCAACCACCACAUAUCUCACCGGAGACGGACGAAAAUGGAAGAGGUUCCGCCACCGGAGGUCCAGAUAAACGGCGGAGCAACAACUGCAGUAACACUACCCCCUUCCGAACCUCAUGGAUCGAAGCGGCAACGCCGACCCAGCGUCCGAUUAGGCGAUAUCGGAGACCAACCCUCCGAUUCCCACCCUCGCCGUAGUUCAAAAUCAUGGCGAUUUGGCUUGGGCAACGUCUCAGGUAAACCCUCAAAGACUCGUCCUUUGACCAAUUUGACUUCUGUUUCCGAUUUCGACGAAGACGUAGAAACGAACACCGACGGUGUAAUCAUUGGUAGCUGGAAAGUGAAAAAGGGUUCCAAAAGACCAAGAUCGAAUUGGGUAUCUUCGCGAAUCGAAGAAGGUGAAGAUGUUGAUAAUGAUAAUGAAGAUGAUUUGUAUCGAGAUUUUGAAGGUGAUAAUUCGGGUAGUAGAAUUCGUUCUUCAGAGAAUUUAGGUGAUUUUGAUGCUAGGAAUGAAGAUGGUGGAAGAGGAAGUUGUGGUGAAGAUGGUGUUAGAAUUUGGCUUAAUGGAUUAGGUUUAGGUCGAUAUGCACCUGUUUUUCAAAUUCAUGAAGUUGAUGAUGAAGUUUUGCCUUUGUUAACACUUGAAGAUCUUAAAGAUAUGGGUAUUAAUGCUGUUGGUUCUAGAAGGAAAUUGUAUUGUGCUAUUCAGAAGCUUGGGAAGGGGUUCUCCUAAGCUUCUUUUUUUGUUGUUGUAACCUUAUAUUCAUAAUGAAUGCAAUGCAUGUUUCAACUCUUAGUUCUACUUAGUUGUAGAUUAUCUUCUAUUUUCUCACAUAAUAAUAACUUGUUUUAAAA